CUGACAGUCCACAACCUGUGGCCGCGCUCGAGAGAGAGAGGUGGUUUUAUUGCGCUUUGGGGUAACCCUGCGCAAACUCCGGCUGAACGCAUAUCCCAGUCCAGUUGUUAUGGAUAAAUGCGGACUGUUUGGCGCCCGGUGAGUUUGUGGACUUUGUGGAGAGUUGAUGGAGAAGACGUCAAAGACGUGCCUUUUCACGGAAAAGUGUCAGCAUUUGGCUCAGCGUUUGCACGUUUCAUCCUGGAGACGUAACACUUUCUGUUUGCAUUUUAAUGUGAACACGCUUUGUCGUGUUAUUUAGACUGUGCUGCUUCUCCUUCGGUAGAGAAUCGUUGGUGGAGAAAUGCCUUUACUAUGUGGCUGUUUACCGAAACGUUUGCCGUGCUGAGCGCCCCAUAGUUCAAGACUUUGUUGACCUCCCCAAAAGACUUUGAGUAUGGGGGAAAUGUCCAGCGAGAGGAGACCGCGGCUUUGUGUCAUGACAAAGGAGGAGAACGGCUACGGAUUUCACUUACAUGGAGAGAAAGGGAAAAGUGGACAAUACAUCCGUAAAGUAGAGCCUGGGUCACCAGCUGAGGCGUCCGGGCUGCGCGCAGGGGACCGAGUGGUGGCUGUAAAUGGGGCGAACGUAGAAAGAGAGACGCAUCAUCAGGUGGUACAGCGGAUCAAAGCGGUAGAGAAUGAGACCAGGCUGCUUGUAGUGGACCAGGAAACAUAUGAAAGUUUGCGCAGCCUGCACCUCACAGCAACUGAAGAGAUGGCUAUUCUCGGAGGUGGACCCCAGUCUUCUUCUUCAUCUUCUACCCCUGCGCCAUCCCCACGUCCCAGCACACCCUCUGCCCCUUCAACACCCACAAAGAAGAGAGAGAACGGCUCCGUGGCUAAGCAGCCCGUGCAGAAGCCCACCAGGAGGUCGCCGUCAAAGGCUGCCAAGAAGGAGGCUCAGGCGCAGAUGGAAGCUGAGGCCCAGGCGCAGCGAGCUCUCGCCCAAACGCCAGACCUGUCCCCUCGCCUGUGUCACAUGACCCGCUCAGAGACCGGCUACGGCUUCAACCUCCACAGUGACCGCUCCAGACCAGGACAGUAUAUUCGCUCACUGGACCCUGGAUCACCUGCAGACCAGGCGGGACUGCGGCCUCAAGACAGACUUAUAGAGGUGAAUGGUGUGAACAUCGAGGGCAUGCGGCAUGCAGAAGUGGUGGCCUUCAUCAAAAGAGGAGGAGACGAGACGUGGCUGCUAGUGGUGGACCCGGAGACAGAUGAACACUUUAAGAGGAGAGGGAUUACGCCAGCACUUAGUCAUGUCAAAGACUAUGACGGUCCUCCUGUUUGCAACGGCCAGCCCAGUCCUCAGAUCAAUGGAGGCUCCAGCACACAGUCCAUCCGCUCCACGCAGUCUGACCUCAGCAGCCACGGCAACAGUACGCAGCUGGCCGAUGACGAUGGCAGCCAGCUGCUGGACCCUUUCUCUGAGAUGGGCUUGCGACUGAGCGCUACAGCGGCAGAAGAAAAAAUGAAAAUCCAUGCCAAAGAAAAAAGGAGAGCUCCACAGAUGGACUGGAUGAAGAAAUAUGAGCUUUUCAGAAAUUUUUGAAGCUUGAAUUCUUUCAAGGUCAUUCACAAACUCUCCUUAAGCUGAUCCUAUCCAACUGAAGACCAUCUCUUCCUGUAAUGAAAUGUGACCAAAGGAUGUGCAAUGGAUGUGAAGCCACUUCAUAGACAGCUCCAAACAUAUGUUUACCUUGCCUAAAAGUUACAGACAGUUUUAAAUGCUUUUAUACAAUCAAAAUUUUCCCCUGUGAAGAGAAGUAUUCAAAGACUGAAAGGGGGACAUUUAUUUUUUAUAUGAAGAAAUUGUCAGUUGAUUGUUUUUUGUUGAAAAUUAUGGACACAACACUGUGAAUGAACCCGCCUUUAAAAACAUUAAACCACACCAUAUAGAAACCUAUAGAAGAAAUGUAAAAUAAAAAAAUAUAAAAAACACUAACACCUUACUAAUACUCCUGAAUAGAUACAAUUCACGAUCCGUAAAACAAGAAUAUUAAAUCUUAUAUCUAUCUAUUUACAUGCAUUGUCCACUAGUUUUGAAUAGAGGGAAACACCACUAAUAAUUAAAAAAAAGUCCAUAUUGGCAAUUAGAAUGUAAUAGAAGCCUGAAGGCAAACUAAGCGAAAAGUAGUUACUGCACUAUGCAAAAGUAAUAACACAACUUUAACUUUGAAUUGAUUUAUAUCCUUCUUUGUAUUUAAACAUGUUUCCCAUAGUAUUAUGUGACUGAUCAGCAAAGGGCAGCCUGGUAUUCAAAGGAUGGCAACAAAUUUGAAUACAAUAUACUAAUGAUGAAUUGUAAUGUGAAUACAGCUGCUAAUAUGAAGAUUAACAGGAAAUUAAGGGAAAGUUAAGUUUACAUUUGGUAAAUUAAGACUCUAAAAGUUGCAUGAGGUGGAGCCUGUUUGAUUGUUGGAGGCUCGUGAACAGUGAGGUCAGAGAUGAUGGGAGGAUCUGCAGAGGAAGACUGCAGGAGCCAUAGAGCUUACAGUGGAUUACUGCCACACAAGGACAGCUGUUAUACAUAUGUUCACACGCUUUGGAAAGACUGCUCUGUGGAAAGAAAGAUGUACCACUGAACUAAACAGCCCACCCACAGUGACCUGAUCCAACAACAAGCCAGACUCUGCUGUUUAUCUUUUUUGUAUGCAGCAACUUCAAAGGAGUUGUAGGCUAUUUUUUGACUGUAUAAUUUUUCUCAUCAACACCAGAUGGCAGUAUUGUGUAAAAAUGGCUGAAAAUUCAUUCCAUCUUUUUUAGCUCUUCUGGACAAGGUUGAGAGCUGUUGUGUAAGUAUAGCUGUUUUGACUUCCCGCUCCCCAGACACUUCCACAAGAUGAAAAUGAGGAAAAUCUAAUAACAAGAGGAUCUUUCUUGCCCUCUGUAUGUUUGCUGAUCAGUGAUCCAGCUCUUCAAAAAUGUUUAAGUGACAAUUUAGUUAACAGCGAACAGCAAGUUUACAGUCAAGUCUUCAGACAGACAAAAAUAUAUUAUGGAAAUAGCUUUAUUGCUAUCAGUCAAUUGAUGCAAACCAAAAACUACAAUGUGACAGAUCAGACCAUAACUAAUUGUAUGAUGCUAAAACACCAACAAACAAAAUUAAAAUAAAACAUAAAAUACAACUUGAGUCAUUUCUUCAAAUAAACAGUGGUGUGUGGCAGCCUGUAUGUUUUGUAACACUUUUUAUAUAUUUCAUGCGUGUUCUAUAUGUGUCAUGCUCUAAUAGAUAUUCUCCAUAUUGUAAAGACACAGACUCCAUUGUAAAUAUGUAAACAAACAAUAUAUUGCAUUUUUAAAUAAAGAGUGACAUUUA